AUGAAUUCAUCUAUUACAUCUGUCAAACUUGUGUUACUGGGAGAAGCAGCAGUAGGAAAGUCUUCCAUUGUGUUGAGAUUUGUCUCUAACGAUUUCACUGAAAAUAAAGAGCCCACCAUCGGAGCUGCGUUUCUUACCCAGAGGGUUAAUAUUGGCGAUGAGACCGUGAAGUUUGAAAUAUGGGAUACCGCUGGUCAGGAAAGAUUUGCGUCUUUGGCUCCUAUGUACUACAGAAAUGCGCAGGCUGCUUUGGUGGUAUACGAUGUGACAAAACCACAAUCUUUCAUCAAGGCUCGUCACUGGGUUAAGGAAUUACAUGAGCAAGCUAGCAAGGGCAUUAUCAUUGCUUUGGUUGGUAACAAAAUUGAUGUGCUAGAGAGUGGCGAAGAGAGGAAAGUUGCUCGUGAAGAGGCUGAAAAAUUGGCAGAAGAGGAGAAUCUGUUGUAUUUCGAAACAAGUGCCAAGACCGGUGAAAAUGUCAAUGAAGUGUUUUUAGCGAUUGGUGAAAAGAUUCCUCUCAAAAAGGCAGAAGAUCAGGCGAACCAACAGCAUGGCCUGAGGAUCACUGACGACCAGAGGAUAGAUUUGGCUUCCUCUACCAACGGCCCAGUGAAGGCCAGUGGUUGCAAUUGUUAG